UCAGCGGCGCAUCCAGCCUCUUCAAGCUCGAGACCAUCCGAUGUGGAUGUAUUCGGGUCUUGAAGACUCCACUCGGAUUCACCCGGAGGAGGUCGAUGAUGACACACUGGAGAAGUGGCUGUCGGGCAUGACCAGAAACAAGGACAACCCCAGGGGAGCCAGGAGAGUUCCUCCAUUUGACCAGUCUCAUGUACCAGAGAAGGUCCGAUUCUGAGUUUUUGUUUGUAAUCUGAAUCCACUCGCGCGGCUACCUAUGCUGAGUCGACUCACUUUGUUCUCCCUGCUUUCUUUUAGGCCAUUAUUGAAAUGUAUUCAAUGCCCAACGGAGAACAGGAGCAGGACCCGGAAGGAGAGGCGAGCGGCGGCGACAGUGGCGAGUGGGAGUCUAGCGGUGGAGGGGACGAAGAAAGCGAUGACCCGAGUGACGAAGAAGAAGUCGAGUCGCCUCCUCGCAGGGAGAGGCGGUCCAAACUUGACCAAGAACGGCUGAGCGCUCGUGAAAAGGCGAUUGCUCAAGCUGGUCAGUCUUCAAAGCGUCCUCGGACCUCUUCGCCAACUCCGACUGAGAAAGCGCCAAAGAAUCCCAAAGUCACAGAGCCGAAGCUUCGGAAGGCGUUGCCGAAGAUUAAGAUUGACAUCCCCGUCGCUUCUGCCGCUGCUACUUCCGGGACCUCAGCUUACAGGGACGAUGAUGAGGUGAUGGAGGAUGCGGUCACUUCUAAUCUGGCCCCUAACGUUAUUGACCUCCCUGAUGAUGAUGAAGAGCCCGAGAGGCCUUUAACGAGGAGAAAUAGGCAAGUUCCUGCAAGCGAGGUGCCACAAUCGACGUUGAGGACGGAGCCAGUCGUUCAGGACGCUGGUGAUGCCAAUCGGGGUUCUGUUACCUUCGUCGUGCCCUUGUCGAGUGCCUUGCCUUCUUCAUCGACUGAUCAGGUCCCUGUCGACCCGCCUUCGGUUUUUGCGACCCAUCAUGUCCCAGAGGACGAAGUGAAUGCUGCCAAGGAAGCCAUACGCCAGGCGGGCAUUAUGAUGGAGCAGAUGAAGACGGUGCGGGAUGCCAGCCAGGCCGCCUACGAUGCCAGCUCGGCUCUCCAGAGCAACGUCCAGGUUAGUUGGCCGCUGCUUGUUCUGUUAGGACAUGCUACCUGAAGACUCUUUCUGAAAAUCUUUGCAUCUGUACACCCACUGGGUGUGUCGAUUGAAUUUUUGAACUAGUAGGGGCACGCUGAGUGCACCCAC